AUAAUGGGGAAACAUGAAAGAGGAACACCGAAAGAUAUUGCUAACAGAAUCAAAUCUAAAGGACUUCAAAAGCUUCGAUGGUUCUGUCAAAUGUGUCAAAAACAGUGUCGUGAUCAGAACGGUUUCAAAUGUCAUCUUACUUCGGAAUCACAUCAGCGGCAGCUUUUACUCGUCGCAGAGAAUACCAACUCUUUUCUGAGGCAGUUCAGCAGAGAUUUUGAAGCCAAUUUCAUGCAGAUUCUCAAGACCUGUUUUGGAACGAAGAGAGUUCGUGCCAAUGAAGUUUAUCAGGAAUACAUCAAAGACAAAGGGCACGUCCACAUGAACGCAACAGUAUGGCACACACUUACAGGCUUUGUGCUCUACCUGGGUAAGAGUGGCAAGUGUAAGAUAGAUCAGAACGAGAAAGGUUGGUAUAUCCAAUAUAUUGACCAGGAAGAAGUGCUCAGGAAAGCUGAGGAGGCUAAGCGAAUGAAAGCUGAGAAAGAUGAUGAGGAACGGCAGCAGGAAAUGAUCAAUGCGCAAGUUCGGAGAGCAUUAGAACAGCAAGGGGAGGUGUACGAGCCUCAAGCAACAGAACUCAUGAGGUCUGACGAUAGUGAGAAGAUUACUCUGAAUCUGAAUUUGGAUAAAAAGCCGACCGCUGAAGAUUUGAAGCGACCUGUGUUUACUGGAGUAUCGAUCUUUGACCAGAUCAAAACAAAAAAGGAAGAGCCAGCAAGUGAUGAAGAUUUACCAAGUUCAAGCCAACGAGAUCGGGACAGAGAAGAAAGGCGUGAUCGACGAGAUCGCGACACGAAGAAGGAACACAGAAGUCGUAGUCGAAGCCGUGAUCGGGAAAGAGACAGGCGAAGUCGUAGUGGAAAGGAACGUCCGUCGACUUCCAAGAAAGAUGAAAAACCUAAAAAGUCGGCGCUCGAUGAGAUUAGGGAACAACAGGAACGGUUCAAAGAGAAGAAGAAUAGAAAGGAUCACUGGCUCCAUGAGGGUAUCAUCGUCAAAAUAAUUACGAAGAAGUUAGGAGAUGAUUACUACAAAGCGAAAGGAGUGGUAAAAUCGCUCAUUGAUGACUACACUGCAAGCGUUAAAUUAGACGAUGGAACCCUCGUUAAAUUGGACCAAGCACACGUGGAGACAGUAAUACCGAAUGUUGGACGAGAAAUGAAAAUUGUCAACGGCGCCUAUCGAGGUUGUGUUGCUAAAUUGGAGAGCCUGGAUCAGGAUGCCUUUUGUUUGAAUCUCCGUAUUUCGGAAGGUCCAAUGAAUGGUCGAACUGUCCGUGUGCCCUAUGAAGAUGCUAAAAUGGCACUUGAUGAGGUUGUAAUCAAAGGCAGCUUAAAGCUGAAGAAGGGGGACGUAUUCAAGAAGAAAAAGAAGAAGACAGUUGAUCCAAAGAUGAUCGAUUUGACAAUUAAAAAGGACGAGCAGACGGGAACCGUUGGCAAGACGAAAGCGGAGAUAGCAUUUGAGAAGAGACGACAGGAAACACUAAACGAGAGGAUGCUGAAGAAAGCCGCUGUAAGUCAUCGACAACGAGUGGAAGAAUUUAAUAAGCAAAUGAGCGAACUAACGGAGUUCAACGAUAUCCCGAAGGUAUCAUGGACAAAAUAG